UGUUUGAUUAGAGAGAAAACAAUAUGAAAUAAAUUGGACCUUAACCCACGCAUCUACCUUUCGAGUAAGCUCAUUUUAUUGAAUAAUGGGUACCCUUCAAUUUCAAUUUCCACAUCUUCUUUGAAAAGCAUUUGAUUUCCAUGGCAAUGGCACUCAACGCCGCUCUCUAUAUCGUAAAGAUGGCUUGGAUAGCUCUCAGUGGUUGGAUCACUUCUUGUUUAACUAUUGCUGAUGAAUUUGCCACUUCUCUUCGCUCUGGUGAUAUUGGUCCUUUCCAUGUUGGUUGAUUCAAUCAAUUUCCCUUUUUCUCACUUCUCUUUUCCAACUUCACUAUUGGAAAACAAGAUACGAGGGCUUCAAUUGGUAUAUUCUGCAAAUUCUUGACCAAUCAGAUGAUGAGAUGAAUAUUAUGGUAUGGUAGCUGCAUUGAGUUAGACCAUAAUAAGCAAUCAUAAAAAUGGUUUUCUGAAUAUUAUGUUGAGCUUUUAGUGUAAAAGGGGAAAAAAGUACUGAAACUUGUAGGAUGUUAUUAUGUAUUAUGUGUGUAAAAACAUUGCAUUCUGAUUCUAUUUUGAUUUAGCAGAUGAUGCUUAGAAAAUUCAAGGUAAUGUAACUGUCCUUCUACAUAUUUUAUUGCAACAGCAACACUUUUCAUAAUCACUAGUGUGUAGCUACAAUUAUUGUUAACUGGAUAUCAGUUUGAUACCAGCUGGACUCAAUAGCUGUCAUUGAGCUGGAACAUAGUUUUGUGUAGAAUUCUAUUAUUAUCCAAUAAUAAAACGCAUGUUGAAAACAAA